UUUCUAGAAAAUCAAGGCAACCAAAAUGGGUUCUUGAGCAAAUAUUGUUUGAAAGCCCUAGAACUCAAAAUGUCCCUCUUUCUGUUCAUGUUCCUUGUAUUUGGUACUGGGUUUUCUGAAUCUGCUUCCAAUGCUUUAAAACCAAGAAAACUAGCUGCUGAUUCUCUUUGUCCAUUCAACUUUGUUGAGCUUAGAGCAAUGGCCAAGAACAGCUCUCCAGGGCUGAACCAAAAGUUUAUCGAUGUCCCAACAGAGUGCUAUUACCUUCUUCAGUCAAUUCGUAUAGUUCGAUCCCAAUACCUUCAAAGCACUGGCUUUUUUACUAUUCCUCCUAGCGCCUCUGAUGCUUGUUGGGAUUCAUAUCAGAUCGGCAUUAACGAAGACCUAACUGUGUUCGAUGUAAGAUCCAAUUGUGAGGUUCAAACUGGUUGGAUUUCAAAUAGUUGUAUGAAUAUCUCAACUCGGGCAGAGUUUGAAGCCUUAAUUUCUGAACCGCAAUUACAAGAAAUCAGGCGUUUAUGCAAUCAAUCCCUUGGGGACAAUACAACUUGUGCGUCGUGUGUAGCUAGCUUGUCAGGUAUCCAAGAGGCCUAUUUUCAUGGCACCGGAAUUGGGAAUGUCACAGAUUGUACCGGGUACCCAUUCAUGUAUGCUGCAGCUUUUGCUAAUCAGUUUGGGCCAAUUGAUUUAGGGACUGCGAAGUGUUUGUUCUCGAUUGAUCUCGUUGUAGCUGUUAAAAGUACCAAGAAGGACAACCCUUUACCUGGAGGGGUUGUGAUAGGAUGUGUUAUUAGCUUCUCGGGGGUAGUUGCUGUGUUAUGCUUUCUUUGGAGAUGGCACAAGCAAAGGAGGACGAAGAAAGAAUAUGUUGAUAGAAGCGCGAUAAGUUCAGCUUCAGCUUUGGGAUUGAUUAGUGAAAGUAUUACUUUGGUCAAGUUCACAAUUCAGGAAAUGAAAGAGGCUACUAGAAAUUUCUCUAGGGGGAAUCUAAUUGGAAAAGGAGGAUAUGGGAAUGUUUAUAGAGGCAUUCUAAAAGAUGGGUCUGAAGUUGCAUUGAAAAGGUUCAAAAAUUGUUCUAUUUCUGGGGAUGCAGUAUUUACACAUGAAGUAGAGGUGGUUGCUAGUGUUAGGCAUGUUAACCUUGUUGCAUUCAGAGGGUAUUGCACUGCAACGGAUCCUCUAGAAGGGCACCAGAGAAUAAUGGUGUGUGAUUUGAUGCGUAAUGGAAGCCUCUAUGACCAUCUUUUUGGAUCACAGGAAACAAGGCUUAGUUGGCCGAUUCGUAGAAAGAUUGCACUUGGAACGGCACGCGGAUUGGCUUAUUUACACAAUGCUGCUCAGCCGGCUAUCAUCCACAGAGACGUUAAAGCCAGUAACAUUCUUUUAGAUGAGGCAUUUGAACCAAAACUCGCAGAUUUUGGCUUGGCAAAGUUCACACCAGAUGGAUUGUCACAUUUGAGUACUAAAGUGGCUGGCACCCUUGGUUAUGUUGCCCCGGAAUAUGCUUUGUAUGGGCAAUUAACAGAGAGAAGUGAUGUAUUCAGUUUUGGGGUUGUGCUUCUUGAGCUAUUGAGUGGGAAAAAUGCAGUUUUGUCUUUUGAUGGGGGUCAAGCUCAGCUUUUGACAGAUUGGGCUUGGUCACAAGUGAGGGAGGAUAGAGUGAUGGAUGUUAUUGAGAAAAGUAUUCCUGAGUUGGGCUUGCCUGAAGUGAUGGAAAAUUAUGUUCUGAUUGCUGUUCUGUCCACUCAUCCGCAGUUAUAUGCUAGGCCAACUAUGGAACAGAUUGUAAAUAUACUGGAAACUAACCAUGCUAUGGUUCCCCAGAAUCCAGAUCGCCCACUAUCAUUUGUAGCAAAAAUAUGUGAAAUUGAGAGAUCACUUACAUGUACUCGCUCGGGUUCUUCCUGUAGCUUUGUUGAUCAGCAGCCAUUACACUUUGACAACCUGCAUUCCAGUUUUAGACCACAGGGAAGAUGAGGAAGCUACACUUACACGUGUAGAGUAAACUACUUGGAGCUUGCUUCUUCUUUUGGUAAUUGAAGGAUUAUCUUUAGCAUGGUACACUCAAGUCAUGCCCCAAAUUUACUUGCAUAUUAGAGUUCUUGUUGCAAUUUUAACCAUACACAAGAGCCAGCUAAUUUAUUGCAGAGAAUUAGAGCUUGUAUUAUAAUUUUUUUUUUUUUCUUUCUCUUUCUAUACCAUGUCUUAAUUGUACUAAUAUAAUUUGAUCCCAAACUUGUAAGUUAAAUAGCUUGUAACUGCAGAAUCUAGCGCGCGCGCGCACACACAUAUAGAUUUCAGAGUGGCAUGUUCAAUGUCAUACUGAAGAAAGUUGGGUGAAAUUUAUUUUUGUAGUCACUGUUUGGGAUAAAAGCAAUGAUAAUUAGUCAUCUAAAAAUAGCGAAUCAACAUAUGGAAAAUUAUGUAGAAGCUUGGAAAUAGUUGUUUGUCUACAUAAAUGUUCAUUUACUUCACUACUGUGAGAACUU